AUGUCGGGUUCACGACAGCAACCGGGACUGGCCUGUGAGGAAUGUCGCAAAAAGAAACUUCGAUGCGACAGGCGACGGCCUCAAUGUGACCAAUGCGAGGAAUCAGGCACAGCUUGUCUGGUCAAUCAGAUCCGAUCACCACGAGGUCCAAAAAAGGGACAUCUUAAGGCUCUACGUAAUCGCAUUGCAACCCUUGAAAGCAUCAUCAACUGCGAUCAAGGCAAUUCCAGUGCUAGGGAUGCAUCGGAUGGCAAUGAAAAAUACCAGUCAGACGAGACGGUACAGAUACUCAGUCCACCGGAAGAAUACAUCCCCAAUGCCCCAAACUCAGAAUCUCGUGAUAUCCCAUACAAUGUUGGGACAUCACCGCUCAGCACGCCAGUGACCUCAAUGACACCGCCCGAUGAAGAGACAUCCGAUAUAAUCGAGGCAGAUCUUGAUCAAUUAUACUUCGACAGAGUACACCCUGUCGCACCAAUGCUUCACCAAGGCCGCUAUUUCUCCUGGUCACAGAGAUCCGACAAGCCUAGCUCUCACAUCUGCCUACAAUAUGCAAUGUGGGCACUUGCAGCAGCUUCAUCUGCUCAUUUACAACACAUGCGAGAGUCGCUCUACACACGAGCACGAUCCGGCAUUGAAGCUCUUGACCACGACAUUGAAUCUACCAAUGCGGCUUGUCUCCAGGCAGCCCAAGCAUGGCUUCUACUGACUCAUUAUGAGUUUCGCUAUAUGAGCUAUCGCCGCGCAUGGCUAACUGCAGGGCGAGCUUUUCGUCUUAUUCAAUUGGCCAAAUUGUACGAGAUUGAUCGACUCAACGAGAUCAACAUAAACAUGGCACAUCCUGAAGCAUGGGCUGAGGCUGAGGAGAAGCGACGGACAUACUGGCUAGCAUAUUGUCUCGACCGAUUUCUCAACAUCUCCGAUGAGUGGCCUCUAAGCCUCCACGAGGAAGCGCUCUGCACAUAUCUCCCUGUCUCGGAGUCAGACUUUCAACACAGCAGGCCAGUAGUAAUGGGCUCCUUAUACGAGGAAAUCGAAAGUUCAGGACAGAGAAUGUUACCACCUUUCGCGGAGACAAUAGUCCUAAUCACACUAUGCUGGCAUAGCGUUACAUUCCAACGAGCUGAGAAUAGUGGAAAGGCAUCCCCGAGCGAGCCAAUGGACAUCUGGAAGCGUCAUAGCCGACUCUACCAAAUGGCCCAGCAACGACUGAUGUUAAUUUCACUCCCAGCAUCCGCACCCGAGCUCCACGAUCCAAUGCGACUAUUCACUAAUAUGCUAGCCAAUGCAGCUGUGAUAUGGUUUUACAAUAUGAUGGAGAUCCUCCAGGUGGAGAUGGAAGAAGAUAUGUUCCUGGUACCUUUGUACUCGGCAUACGAGAUAGUAGGUUUAGCGAAGCCGCUUACUCGGUCUAGCUUCUUUAAAGCACAUGCAUUCUCACCCAUGCUGUUGUAUCUCUCGGCAAAGUUUCUUAACGCACAUGCCAACCAACCGAGCACAUGUGCUUCUGCGUCGGACGAUAAGCAGCAGAAGUUGGAGGAAUUGAAAAGGGCUCUUCGGGUUCUGCAAGGAGGUAACAAUUUAGCUGUGAGGUACUUGGGGCUGCUGGAAUCCGGCUCGUUUCACAAGUUGUGCAAUAUGUCCGCUGUUCAAGCGUUUGCUAUGUCUGAGGUCACUGAUCAGAGCGAGCCGUCCUUCUUUUUGGAUAUCACACAUAUCUUUUAG